CUUCGGAUUUUCACUCUUCUGCUCGAAAGGGCAGUGCUUGAGAAUCAUUGAAGAAGGUGAUCGCUGGUGCUGAAACUCGAAGCAGAUACCGUUGAUAACUCAAAGCUGUUUUGCUCAAAGAGGGUUACCAAAGUUAGGAGCUCAAGAACUUGGAGCUGUCUUAUUUUUGUAUCAUGCCAUAUUUUAUUCAGAGGCUUUUCAAUACUUGCAAGUCAUCUCUCUCACCUAAUGGUCCUGUGUCUGAGGAGGCCUUAGACAAGGUUCGCAAUGUGUUGGAAAAAAUCAAGCCGUCUGAUGUUGGUCUUGAACAGGAAGCUCAGUUGGUGCGUAACUGGCCUGGUCCCGGGAAUGAGCGUAAUGGAAACCAUAAUUCUCUGCCAGCAAUAAAAUACCUUCAGUUACAUGAGUGUGACAGCUUCUCGAUUGGAAUUUUCUGCAUGCCACCUGGGUCUAUAAUACCACUUCAUAAUCAUCCAGGCAUGACAGUGCUAAGCAAGCUUGUUUAUGGUUCGAUGCACGUGAAGUCGUAUGAUUGGGCUGAGCCUGACCAAUCAGAGCUAGACGAUCCAUUACAAGCAAGACCUGCGAAGCUAGUCAAGGAUACUGAUAUGACUGCCCCUUGCCCAGCAACCACUCUAUAUCCAACAACCGGUGGCAACAUUCAUUGUUUCAAAGCGAUUACUCAUUGUGCAAUCUUCGACAUCUUAUCUCCUCCAUACUCUUCUACUCAUGGCAGACACUGCAACUACUUCCGAAAAUCCCCAAUGCUAGACUUACCUGGUGAGAUUGAACUGAUGAAUGGAGAAGUGAUCUCAAAUGUGACAUGGCUCGAAGAGUAUCAACCUCCAGAUAACUUUGUGAUAUGGAGGGUUCCGUACAGAGGUCCAGUGAUUAGAAAAUGAGAAUUACAAAAAAGGUUUAAGCAUAUAAGAAAAGAGCAGAAAGAGAAAGGAGCUUAUCAUCAGGAGAAUAAUUGGUAAACCAUUCA